AACGGUGUUGUUUGAGUUGUCUGGCUGUUUUUCUGGGUGUCGCCGGGAUUGCAGAACGCGAUGACCGUCCCCUCUGCAGAGGAGCUGGACUCCUUAAAGUACAGUGACCUGCAAAAUUUAGCCAAAAAGCUGGGCCUCCGGGCUAACCUGAGGGCAGACAAGUUGUUAAGAGCCUUGAAAGCCCACCUGAACCCAGAAAUAAGGAAAGAAAAUAAAAAUCAGGAUGAAAAUCAGUCUUCUGCAUUCUCCGGUGAUGAGACCAGGAUACAAAUUAGCUGUGAGGAGCAAGCUGAGAGGGAACCAGUCGAUCAUGUCACCAAAACAAGAAGGAAGCGCAAGACAGACCACGAAGUUCCUAACUUCCAGGAUCAUUCUGCGAUAAAAAGAAGCGAUCCUACUCCAUUACAGAAUCAAGAAAAGCAGGAAAACCAAGACCUCAGAACUAUUACACAAGUUCCUUCUCUGCCAGACCAGAGCCAGGAAGACGGGAGUGCAACUUCCUCAGGAAGAAAUGGGGCCGAUGACAAUAGAAAUUCAAAGAGGCCUUUGGAAAAAAGAUCUCUGUGCACGGAUGGGUUUUCCAAACUUGGGAACAAUAAAAGGACUGCAGCCACUACACCAAACUUUAAGAAGCUUCAUGAGGCUCGUUUUAAGAAAAUGGAAUCUAUUGAUGAAUAUAUUGUGAGAAAAAAGAAACACUUUAAAGGACACAAUUCACUUAAUGAACUGAAGCAGCUUGAGAAAAAAGGGAAAGGGACCCCGGUUCCAGCAAGAGGAAGACUCUCUGUUCCCUGUACUCCUGCCAGGCAGCAGUUCUCACAAGACCAGUUCCGCGGCCCUGAAAGUCAGGAUACUAUGUGUCUGAUGGGGUCAGGCAAACGCUCUGUGCUUUCAGCAACUAAGAUGAAUGUCAGGUUUUCAGCUGCUACCAAGGAUAAUGAACAUAAGUACUCCCUGACCAAGACUCCAGCCAGAAAGUCUCCAUGUGUGACCCUACCUGGGAGCGCUUCAAAAGGCCAGGCUGUGUUCAGGACACCUAAGUUAAAGGCCACAGAGAGGAAUUCCACUACUGCAGUUGUUACUCCAUUCAAGUUGGCAGCUGAGGCAGCACAGACUCCAGGCUCUAGUAAGAAACCAGUCUUUGAUCUCCAGGCAAGCUUGUCUCGGCCCCUCAACUACAAGCCACACAAAGGAAAGCUGAAACCUUGGGGGCAAUCUAAAGAAAACAGUUCUCUGAAGGAGGGUGUGAGCAGAGUUAGCUUCCACCGGAGAACUUACAAGCAGCCUCAUCUCCACACCAGGGAAGAACAACGGAAUAAACACGAGCAAGAACGGAAGGAGAGGAAAGCAAAGUUCCUGGACGCUCGCAGAAACCUGGUUAUGACUAAAGCCCAGUGAUCCACGGAUCCCUUGACUCCCAACUUGUUUCUCUUUUGUAAAUGUUCAUCACCUCCUCUACUCUGGUCGAAAGCUCUCUUUCUACCAUAACUUUCGGGCAUAAUUUGUGGAGUAUCUGUUCUCUGUGUGCUAUAGCUCUGAAAAUACAUUCUCACUUGUAAGUUCAUAACUAAAGUGGUUUUCACCUAUUGUCCUGUAGAACUCUGCUUUUUAAGAGACUUGUCCUUGGGGUUCUUGAUGUGGGUUUUCCAUGCCAAGGUCCUGUAGUUCUAAGAGAGACAGCCCGCAUCCUUUCUGGACAGAAGCAGUUCCCUCGUGGCAGCAAGCCGUGGUGGAAGCUUAGCGUGCGAGUGUGAGUGAGAUACAGUCCACAGGGAAGGGAGGCUGGAGAGGCCACCUCUGCCUUCACUGUCUGGAAACCUAACGAUCCUGUCGAUUUGGUUAUGGAUCACUUUUAUCAAGGUAAAAACAUGCCUUAGCUUAUAGGAGUCUUGUUCAGAUCAUUUCAUGUAAUUGCCAACUGUCACUCAUUAUAUUUUUAAAACAGAAUGUCUUGGUUCUUUCUACUUGUUAAUAAAAGUCAUAGGGCAGAGGGUGUGUGUGCCUCAGUUGUACAGCCUUGUGCACCACACACUGGACUCUGGAUUUGACCCUGGUACCAAUCUGAGGAACUGAGAUUCUCAUCAAAAGCAAAACUGGGAAUUGCAGCUAUCCAGGCUCCCAUCUCUGUCAGACUUAAGCCUUCCUAGCUGUAAGGAAGAGAGGAGAGCAGCUAAACACAGCCUUGAGUUCUUUGCUCUGCCAUGUGAAGAUUCUGAGUUGUGUGUAACGCUUAUGAUUGUCAUAAAUAAAAUAAAAUGUUUUCAUUGUGAUAGGU